AUAAUAAUUAAACGCGUUUAAUUGUAAAGUGUUGUUAUUUUACUCAAGUUACAUUUUACCGUAAAGAAUUUGCUGAGAAGAAAAUAUUCGUCGCGAUCUUUAGGCUUGUGAGUACAUCAUGGUGAAAGAAAGAUGUCGUAAUGCUAGAGCCUCCAGUCAACAGGAACAGCGUUCCUCUGCACCGCACAUCACAGAUUUACCAGCCGAAGUUCUGGUUAACAUCUUCCAGUAUUGCCCUUACCAUGAAGUGGCUAAACGGUUGAGACCCUCGUGUGAACGAUUCCGUGACAUAGCAACAAUAGUUCUUAAUUCGGGGUUCACGACCUUGGGCCCCAGGAUCGACCGCUCUAUGGUGGAUGUUGAAUUUCGCGUGAUGAAGGCUCAAACAGAAAACGAACAAGUGAAAAUGAUUCGGGCUUUCAAUGCUUUGGAGGCACUGAAGUCACAGUACCGCAUGCUUCGGGCAGUCACGUGGCGAUACGUCUGCAACCCUUUCAAAGGCCCAGGACCUCUCGCCUGCUUCUACGGCGGAUUACUUAUAGAUAAGUUCCUGCAGCAGAUGUGGCUGUUACGGCAGGGCCAUGGCUCUUUGUAUCUGUUGACCAUCAACAUUCAUGAACGAGAUCAUGAAUUCUCCGACUUUGGCCACCUUCGUGAUCUCUGCAGAAGGUUUAUGGAUGACUUCGAGAAGAAUACAGAAACGAAGUUUAACGUCAAUUACUCGAUCUCUGGGUCGAAGAUUGUUGACCUGUUCGAUUGUUUAGUUGAAUACAAGACGGUGAAGCCAUACGAAAAGGCUGUAGCAUUGGACGGUUCGAAAUGCCACAUCAUAGCUCAUUACAGGAUGAGACGGAGUUGGUUUACCUGCUAUGGGACGUCGAAGCCUAACGGCGAGACGACGUGGAAUAACGAACAGAGGACCAUGUAUCUGCGCUUGCGCAGACUUAUAACCAGAAACAACGAGAUAUCCCUGGAGCAGAAGCACUACGAACGAGAACUCAUACUUCCUAAAGCUGACAUUUCCACCAUGACAAGGUUAAAAGCGUUCACGUACCGUGGCCACGGCGAACACGCGGGCCGUGGUUUUUACUACGGCACCAUGAACCAGCCUGCCUUUAACUUCAAGUUCCGUCGUAACAACAGUUGGACCUCCAAUGAUAUUGUUGAUUAUUAUUAUUAUGAUGAUGAUGAAGUUGAUGAUGACGACGACGAUGAUGAUGAUCUUUACGCAGACCUAGAAUCAUGUCAAGAACUCUCUCUUACGGAUUUAAGUAUUGACAUAGAAGUUUAUUGUCCGAUAGAGCUGGCUCCAAUAGAGUAUAUAGAAAAUAUUGAUGUACCGAAUUUUGAGUUUCGCUAUAACUGCAUGAAGAAGUCACCGAGUUCCAAUCUCUCAAUAAGACGGAAUGAGGAACCAGAAUUUGUUUUGACAAUGGUUAUAAAUUGUCCUGAGUCGUCUGAGAACCUAGUGCCUUCCACGUUUCGAUAUGAAAUAAAAUCUGGUGAUGUUUGUUGAUGAACAAAUACGCCUCCGAUUAUAUAGGCUUCUGACAAUGAUGUAUUGGAAUCUGGUUGACUAAGUUUGCGGACUUAUCCAUCAUCUGAUAUUCUAAAUGUACAGAACAAUCGGGAACCGGACGAAGACAUAUCCGGUUCUCGAAACGUUGUGUAUUUUCAGAUACCAGACGAUGGACAAAGUCCAGGAACUCAGUAAUGCAAACACGCCUUCAUGUAAGAGCGCCCAACAAUGAUUUUAAGAUGGCUGUCUUCUAAGUUACACAACCGUAUAGUGCGGUAGAAAUUAACCGACACAUUUUAGGUCCUUGCUACCUCAAUCAUCACGGCGAUUCCUAAUGAUGCAAGCAGCAAGUUUUUCUAAAACGAUGGUAAACUUCUACCAAGCUACAUGAAAAUACAAUUCUAAUCAAUUAUUUCUCUGUAUAGCCAAGCAGCAAACGAAAAUAAACAUAAUUACUAGCA